AUGGAAUCUGGAGCGAGCUCAUCCGUCAAUCGUCUGGACCGUGCGUCGAAGCCCAAAAUCAUGGGAGAUCCGGCGUUCGCCUCCGGCUUUGGGAAGAAAGGGCGGGGGCCGGAUGAGCCAGAUACCUGUCGAAUAUGCCGGGGGGAAGGCUCGGAAGAAGAGGAGCUAUUCUAUCCCUGCAAAUGUAGUGGGAGUAUCAAGUUUGUGCACCAGAGUUGCCUGAUGGAAUGGCUUUCACACUCGCAAAAGAAGUAUUGCGAGCUUUGCAAGACUCCGUUCCGGUUCACAAAGCUCUAUGACCCAAAUAUGCCUGAAAGCCUACCCGCCCCGGUAUUCUUAAAGGAGUUGAUGGUUCAUGCUGGCCGCUCGCUGCUAACUUGGUUACGCUUUUUACUCGUCGCGUUUGUCUGGUUAGGCUGGUUGCCUUGGUCCAUGAGGGCAGUCUGGCGCGGAUUAUUCUGGCUUGCUGAUGGGCGCUGGCCUGCAUCUGAGGAGAUCCAGGUCACAGCAGCAGUUGCCGCUAGUGAGAGCUUAAGUAGCCUUGCUGCUCAGGGCACAUCGCCUGUUUCUCACGUUUUCGCUCCCAUGUCGCCAACCACGGCCGCCAUUCCACCGAGCCUCGAGUCUGCCAUUCCGCAAUUCCUGUUCCCUGUUUCAUCGAUAUUAAAUUUCACCGCCGGGGAGCCUUUAAUCUAUUCUAUUGCCAAACGAUUGCUAGUUAAUGCUGUUGUACUUACAACUUCGACUUCAAGCCCGAUGGACGCUGGCAACGCAACCGCAUUAACGACUCGCCGCUUAAGGCAACCGUCAUGGCUGUCAGACGUUGAUUUCCUGAAUAAAUUAACGCCGUACCCUACCAUAAACAAUAUACUAAUUGACACUCUGGAGGGUCAAUUAAUCACACUGCUUGUGGUGAUUCUGUUCAUACACGUAUUUCUUAUUCGGGAAUGGGUCGUACAGCAACAACCAGCAAUGAAUCUCGCGGAAGGUGAGCGGGAAGCAGUUGCUCAAUUGCUUCAGGAAAAUAGAAUUAAUCCUAUUGUGGAACCGGAACCUGCUCAUGGUGACGCUGGGGAUCCCCCCCCUGCAGAAGAAGUACCACCGAUCGUUGCACCUGUUCAGAGUGGAAAUCUUGAUCACGGCGUGCACGAUAGAUAUCCUGCGGCAGACCCUCCGUUUGAAAUCAGAGAAGCACCUCUAGCUGUCGAAAAUGGUGUUCACGACAGCCUCACCUCCAGCGCUGAUAUCAGCCCUCAUGUGGCCGUCGAGGACAGUCCAUCUCAGGGUACUUCCCCUGGUUCGUUUGCUCCAAGCCCACCUUUGAAUUUUAACGGUCACUCCCAAUAUCCAUGGGGUUUCGGAGCCGAGGGUUCGAACGAUACUCCAUUAUCCCGUAGGAGAAGUUCAAGUUUUCCAAGGUAUCCUGAUGUUAAACUGAACCUAGAUGAAUCCUCGCGCCGGGAUCAAGUCGAGAACCUUUACCAUUUCCCCGAUUUUGAAAUAAUGCUACCCCAGGCCGAUACUACAGCAAAAGGUCUUGGGGACGACUCCAUACCCAUCAAUCAGCCAACUGAACCCGCCACUGAUCUUGGACCGAACGAUGACAGUGACCUUCAAAACCGGAGCCCGUUUUCACGUCAUGCCCCAACAUAUGAUUCCUUUGAGGAGCCAGCAAGACUCCCCUCGCCCAUUUUUGGAAAUAACGAUAAUAAUUUGCCCGUAAAUGGCUUUGAUUUCCGCUCGAAUAUUGAGUUACCUGAGCUACAAACAGGCGUCAACGAAAAUUCUCGUCUCUUUCGUGCCAGGGAAACGAACGGUGCAGAAAACGAACAGCCUUCGGCUGCACAUUUGAUACCACCUCAAGUUACAGGCGUCCGUCCAGCCAGAUUAGCUGAAUCACUGAGACGUGAAGCCCCUAUCCCUCAUGUGCACCCCCCAAAAAGUCUAAAAGACCGUGCGAUAGAAUGGUUUUGGGGCAACAUCCCUCAACGAGACCCGGAGGAUGAAAGAAACGACGAUGAGCGCAGAGUUGAAAACCCAGCUCAAGAACGGCCAUUUGUACCUUUCCGCCAUGGCCAACGCAUACCCGAUGCUAAUGAAGUGGGCAACAAUGACCAUGCAAACCGCGCAGCGCAACCUGCGAACGAGGGAGGUAACGAUGCAGAUGCCGUAGAUGACGCAGACGACCUCGAAGGCGUACUUGAGCUGAUUGGAAUGCAUGGGGCAAUAUUUGGCCUGCUGCAAAAUGGAGUUUUUAGCGCUCUCCUCAUUUCGUUUACAGUGACAGUGGGCAUUUGGCUUCCUUACCUAUGGGGCAAGAUUGCUCUAGUUCUCUUGACGAACCCGAUACGAUUAUUCAUUGGAAUUCCUCUCGCACUUCUGUCGAUCAUUGCCGACGUUCUUGUCGACACAGUUAUCGGAAGCUUCGCUUACCUGGUAUACAUUGGCAAUGUUUUAAUAAGGGUUGCACUAGCACAGCUGGGAAAGAGAAUCCCUGCCCUCGCCAAAUUUUCUGCGAGCAAUGCUAUUACCAAUGCUUCACUGAGUUUGAUUGAUGGAAGUGGUCAGCGAUUAAAGCGUAUUAUGACGACGUUUUUCACCUUCCGCGAUUCAGAUGUGCCGAUGUUUUCUGUGCUGGCUCAUCAAGCUUUGCGGUUACACCAGGCUCGAAUUACGGCGAUAUACCAGUUUCUUUUCAAGAGCAUUAAAAUGGCCGUUUACGAUAUCCCGGUGCAUAUACUUGCGCAAGACCCCAAUAAGCCACUCCUUGAACGGCUUUCUAUAGUGGAUUCAACCAAACUACUGCCUGCUAUUGCAGCUUACUGGGAUACGAAAGAUCGGGUCAUCGCCAUUCUCGUCGGUUAUUGCUUCGCAUCGCUUGUGGGCCUGACUUAUCUUCGGCUUUCCACGUAUUUCUCUGGGGAACCGCGUGGGCCGAGAGUCAACGGCGCCGUGGCCGAGCUUCUUCACCAAGCUGGUGGGGUGAUGAAGGUGAUUCUCAUUAUUGGCAUCGAAAUGAUUGUCUUUCCACUUUACUGUGGUAUCCUGUUGGAUAUUGCUCUCAUGCCUCUAUUUGAAAAUGCCACUUUUGGUACAAGGUUCGCCUUUGCUACAGGUUCACCACUAACAUCACUUUUCGUGCACUGGUUCAUUGGCACUUGCUAUAUGUUUCAUUUUGCUCUCUUCGUGUCCAUGUGCAGGAAGAUUAUGCGCAAUGGUGUCCUCUGUAAAUAUAAUCCCCUGUCCCAUGCGUCCCCGUCACUCUUGGCUAACAGGUUUUUAGAUUUCAUUCGAGACCCUGACGACCCGACCUUUCACCCUGUGCGUGAUGUCCUCGAACGGAACGUGUCAACCCAGCUUCGAAAGAUUGCGUUCAGUGCAUUAGUAUACGGUGCACUCGUCGUUGUCUGCAUGGGUGGUGUGGUGUGGACUCUAUCAUUGACUCUGAGAGGAGUGCUGCCGUUACACUGGUCAUCAAACGAACCGGUUCUAGAAUUUCCUGUGGACUUACUCUUCUAUAAUAUCGUCAUGCCACUAACCAUUCGAUCUAUCAACCCGCCCGAUGUCCUACACAAUAUGUACGACUGGUGGUUCCAUAAGUGCGCACGGUUCUUAAGGUUGACCGACUUUCUUUUUGGUGAGAGAAAGCAGGACGAGGAAGGAUACGACGCCAAUAGGACAUGGUGGCAGCCCCUAUCGGCUUCUUCAAGCAAACCGACAAUGGAACCGCAAGACUCAAACAAAUUCGUGCGCGAUGGUAGAUUUGUCCGCACUCCCGCAUCCGACCAGGUUCGGAUUCCGAAAGGAACGAACGUAUUCCUCGAAGUUAACGAAGAGAACGAACGGCUAGAUGGCAAUCCCGAUUCUGACGAAGGUUUGCAUGGUAAAGCCAACGAGAUGUUCACGAAAGUGUAUGUUCCGCCAAAGUUCAGAACAAGGAUUGCCGCUUUCCUUUUUUUGAUAUGGGUUUUCGCGGCUACAACUGGAGUGGGCGCCACAAUACUGCCGCUCGUAAUUGGACGAAGGAUCGUUUCGUUUCUGAUUCCGACCGAUCACCGAAUUAACGACAUAUAUGCCUUCUCCGCGGGAAUCUAUAGCUUGGGCGGGAUCGUUUACGCCAUCUAUCACUGCCAUCAGGGAAGCAGCUAUCUGCGACACCAAAUGCAACUGGUGUCUUCGCCAAAACGACUCUUUCACAGGGCGUUAAAAAUCCUGACUUAUGUUUUCAAUCUCGCAUAUACCUUUGGUGCAUUUGCAAUUGUGAUACCGUCACUUUUCGCUAUCAUUACCGAAUUGUAUUUUCUUGUCCCGAUCCAUACCUAUCUCAAUAGUGAGGAUACGCACAUCAUUCAUUUUGUGCAGGACUGGACGCUGGGUGUUUUGUAUACCCGGAUGAUGGCACGUCUUAUGCUACGAAACGAGAAUUCACAGCCUGCUGCGGCUCUCAAAGCCAUUGUCCGCAAAGGCUGGUUUCGCCCUGACGUCAAAUUUGCAACAAGGGCCUUUAUUAUACCUGCAAUUCUGGCCACUCUGGUCGCUGUGCUAACACCUCUGCCGAUCGGGCUGCUGGUGAAUGCGACGGUUUUCAAAGGAGAGUCAGCCGCGUUGCAUACGCAAGUCUACCGGUAUUCUUACCCGGGGUUUCUCUUCCUCGUUCUUUUGGGCUGGGGGUUGCAUCUUCUUCGGCGCCAGAUCACCGUUUGGCGCAUGAGCAUUAGAGAUGAUGUCUACUUGAUAGGGGAACGGCUGCAUAAUUUCGGUGAAAAGCGAGCGAGAGAUGUGGGAGCUGCCAGGCGCAUGAUUAACCCCGCAUGA